AUGAAUAAGCUUAACUCAUCAAGAUCUAAUGGGGAAUGUUCCAGUCUUAAAGGUCUCUGUGCAUUUGAGAAUGGCAUGUGCAAAUUCCAUAAUGCAGACAAUUCAAGCCAUUCAUGGAUCUGGACACGUGCUAAGGAUUCUCCAAUCAAAUCAAUUCUCCCUAAAGAUCACUCAACUCUUACCUCAAAUGGCGCCUAUGUGUACCUCCUGCAACCAACAUCUUCCUCAAGCCCCAAACACCUGGUCAGCAAAUCGAUCCCAGCUGGCCGUGUUCUUUGCAUUCAGUUCUGGUAUUUUAUCCAUGGUUCUUCAGCCUUGAAAGUUUACACCUCUAAAACUUUGUCUAUAAUAAAUUCUUGGAAUUACAAAGGCAGCACCAGAGGCAAGUGGUUGUUUGGACAGACUUCUGUCAAGCACAACACGGAAUACAUGAUUGUGUUGGAAGGAGGAAAUCAACACAAGAAUGACUUCAUUGCUAUUGAUGAUUUGAGUUUCUUGGAGGUGGAAUGCAAGUCUAUAACACCCGACAAAGAAAACCUUAACUGUGCCUUUGAUGUUGAUAUGUGUGGUUGGAAAGAAGACCAAGGCUGGAAAAUAAAGAACGAUUCCUCUCUGGGCUCUCUUCUUCAUCUCGUUGUUGGAAGCCAAUUAGAGAAAAAUGUUACCAGUCCUUUAUUCAAUCCUCGACAAGACGGCUGGAAAUGUGUCACCUUUUGGUUUACUAGUACCUUACAGUUAUUUCAACGCUCAUUCAAAUUGGCAGUUGUUAAGGAAGACGGAUACGAGCUGUUUAUCUUAUGGAGUUACAAUGCGUCCGUACAAAGCAUUACUUACGUACAAGUACCUCUCCCUGACAUGGAUUCAAAUGUUAGGGUUGUCUUCAGAGGGAAAAAGAUGCAAAGCCAGCCUGUUAUCGCAAUAUCAAAAGUGCUUUUUCUGAAGGAAGAAUGUCAAGAAAUCAAACCCAUCGCGGAAUGCCAUAGCUACCAGGUUCUGGACUCUAUCGAACGACGUGUCAGUAACACCAUUAUCAAGACAAGUAGCGACAAAAGCUUACACUGGUACACUUGGUAUAGGAUCAGUGGUGCGGCUGGUAACCAGAUACCUACAUCCUGCAUCCACGAAAACCACUGUGGAAGUAGAACGCCUAUACACGCCAAAUCGUCUAAUCCAACCCACAAGUAUCAGAUUGAGAAUUUAUUUUAUUGCAAAACGGAUUGGCAAUGUUGUCAGACGACAGGUUUAUUGAUUGUACGUCACUGUGGGAAUUUCUAUAUUUACCAGCAAUUAUCCGUAGAUACUUAUGAUGAAUGGUCUCAAGUCUGUUCCACGUAUAAAGAAGUUGUUCCUGUUUACGACAAAUCGCAAGAAUGGGAUUCCUGGACAAACACAGAAGAUAACAGGCAAUGGGAGACUGUCUACUACAACGACUCUUUCGUAUAUGAUUCUAUCCAAACAUCACCAGAUAUGCAAGAGAUACACAUGGUGCAUGACACGAACAUUGAUAUUCCGUUUAUCAACGAUCGACGCAAUGUGCUAUCCAUUUGCUUUUACAUCUCUGCUUCCAACGGAACGUUUUCUCUCUCUCUCCUCUACACCUCGCUUACCACAUUUGUUCUGUCGCUGUCAAACAAUAACGUUGUUAUUAAGAUAGGAAACGAAACCAGAUCUGUUGACGCACAGGUGUUUAACGGGAUGUGGCAUCAUGUUUGCGUAACGUGGGAAUCAAACUGGGGAUUGUGGUAUGUCUUUCAAGAUGGCUACCUGCUUGGCAAAGGAAUGUAUCUUGGUGAUACUAUCUAUAUUCAAGGUAAUACCAUAAUGCUUGCCAGUAGUGGUACUAAAGGCUUGGACAAAAACCUAUUAAUCGCAAGAAUCUCUAGCUUGAGCAUGUGGAGUAAGGUGUUGUCCGGAGACGAAAUCGUCCACAUGUCAUACGGGUGCAACCUGUACAGAUGGGACACGUUAUUAUCAUGGAAUCAAGUGGUUUAUUUUACAGGAAGGAAUUUCACUCAUUUGAUUCAUCCAUCAACGUGUCUUGGAAUAAGCAGUUCAUCUCUCAUUUUAAGAGUUAAAGAUAACACUGGAUCUCGUUCGGUUGGGAAAUUCCAGAGUCCCUGGUUCAACCAAUCAUAUGAUUCCAACAAAGAGUGCUUUAUGUUUAAAUACAAAAUCAAAGGAAAGGAACCGAUUUCUCUGUCCGUUGUACAGACACUCAAAUGCCCAAACAUUACAGACAGAAGAGUAUGGAUAAGUAAUCAAGAAACAGGUGAUGCUUGGCGGCUUGGUAGAGUCUUGAUAACCACCAUGUUGCCUUACAGAAUAACAUUUAAGGGACAGCUUGAUAGUAAUGGUUACAUAGCCAUCGGAGGACUACGUGUGGCGUCAGACAAGGAAUGCUUAACUUCACCCGAGAAAGCAAAAUACGUCUGCAACGAAAAUCUCUACUCUUCAAAAGGACUCAUCACUACACCAAACUAUCCUGCAUCCUACCCACCAGCCAUUACGUGCACGUGGAACAUAAAUGUCCAACAAGACCAAGUAAUACGGCUGGAGUUCAAAGCCUUUGACUUAGAGGACUCAGAAGGGUGUGAAGACACUUUUCUGUCUGUUUACGAUGGCGGAUCUUUGACCGGGAGGUACUGUGGCUCGAUAUACCCGGAGAUCUUGGAGUCUUCAACUAAUACCUUGAUGCUGUCAUUCAAUGCUAGUAAGAGAAAUGUUUACCACAAUGGCUUCAAGAUUUAUUACUACUCCGUUAGAGAAAGUAGAAGCGAUGAGUGCAUCCAAGACUGUCCUUCAGAGUGCACUUGUAUAAAACAGAAGGAUUCUUUGGUGGUUAAAGGGACUGAUCUGUUCGCAAUACCCAGUCCGUUACCAUGGGAAACCACUGCCAUUUUUUUUCCAGGAAACAAAAUAUUUCAACUGAAACCGUCGGAUUUUGUAAAUCUACCAUUACUAAAUUAUGAAAAUUUAAAAAGAAAUAAAUUAAUAAAAAUGGACAACGAGACGUUUAACUUUGAAAAUAAAGGUCUACAUUCACUGUAA